AUGGACCUCAACGUUUUCAUCAAGGAAACAAUAUCUCUGAAACCAUUGUGUGAUGAUGAAGUACAUGAGUCCAAAAGAUCACAAACCAUUGAACUUUCCGGUCUGGACAGGAUAUCUCCUGCCAUUCUGUACACUAUCUUCUUUUAUAGACCUAAUCAGAUUUCUUGCACUACCGAAACGAAUGAUUAUGCCCUUGCGAUUGAAAGAGCUAAAAGAGCUCUUCAAAGGGUUCUUGUUUCUUGGUUCCCAGCUGCAGGAAGACUUAGAACUAAUCCGGGGACGGGAAAGCUUGAGAUCGACUGUAACGAAAAAGGCGUCGCCGUGAUAACCGCAGAAACUUGUUCCAAGCUUGAAGAGCUUGGAAAACUGCAUGAGUACAAGGCUUGUUACGAGAAGCUUGUUCGCCAGCUGCCUGACAUAGGAAACAUAUCAGAUAGCCCACUCGUUGUUGUGCAGAUAACAAAGUUUUCCUGCGGAGGAAUCUCUAUCGGUUUCGGAGGUAGCCACGCCUUGUUUGAUGGAUUUGGAGCCUUCAACUUCUUAGCAUCCUGGGCUCAUAUGUCAAGAUCAGGCAAAGACAGUAAGACUAAUGAUGAUCAUGAUCAGCUUAUGAUCAUCCCAAACCAUUCCCGUGAAAAGCUUUUGAGUGCUACCAUCAGUAACGCUGCUGCUACUACUACUAGUGGAUCUUCUGAUGGUAACAAUAUUUCAAGCCCUAAAUCUACAGCGAGUUCUUCGAUAUUCGAACAAGAUCAUAUCGCUGCAAUUCAAGAUCUUUAUGGAAUUCCUGUGCAAGCCGUGGCUUCUGACGACGGAUCGUGGGAAUCAGAACUAGCCAAGUUUGGAAGAAUUGAAAGCCAAGGCCUACAACUCCUCACGCUUUGCAUGAACAAGGAAACUGUGGAGACAUGGAAAGGAUUCGCAGUUCAAAGCGGCGAGCUCUCCAAGUGCUCUACCUUUGACGCUCUAUCUGCGCAUGUUUGGAAGGCAAGAGUGAAGGCUCUUGCCCUAGAGCCAAACGCAAACAUAUGCCUGCAGUUUCCGGUAGACUCACGAAGCAGGCUGCAACCUCCUCUCGGCCGCAACUUCACCGGCAACGCCUUCAUUCUCGCCUCCGUCUCCUGCUCAGCCAAAGACCUAAUUGAAGAACCUCUUCGCGACACGAUUCGGAGAAUCCAAGCAGCGAAAGACACGAUCACCGACGAAUACAUCAAGCUCUACGUGAAAGCCCUAGAGUGCUCUUCGGAUAAGUUCUUUCCUUCCAUGCGAGAACUCACUAUUGUAUCUGACUGGCUAAAGUUCCCUUUUGAUGCUUUAGAUUUCGGAUGGGGAAAGGUUUCUGGUGCAAGUCUGUUGGGAACUCCGGUUCCUGAGGCCGUUUUUCUGAUGCCGAAUCUUGAAGAGCCUGGGAAUUUCUUGGUCCGAAUUGGGAUUGGAGAACAACAUGUGAGUGAUUUCAUUAGCACAUUCACCACCUUUGACUACCCUGCAUGA